AUGUCACCAGCGAAUACACUCAUGAGGUUUGAAGAGUUACCUGUCGAAGCGGUCGCUCGUAUCCUCUCGUUCCUCGACUGGAAAGAUCUCCUCGUCGUUUCAAGUCUGAGCCGCUUCCUCCGCGAGGCCUACCAGAGCUUCCCCGAGCUCCAACUCUCUUAUGCAUUGCAGACAUACGCGAUGAUUGACACGGAUCCGACGCUCAAUAUGCGGCGUAAGCUGAAUGAGCUCGAGCGUCGAGAGCGCGCGUGGCGAGAGCUAGACCCGUUACACAAAGUCACUAUCAAGAUCCCGCACCGAACAUCACACAUUUACGAUUUGUCUGGCGGCGUCUAUCUCCUCGGAGACUGCAAGAACUCAAUAGUUUCUCGUGAUACUAAAACGUUACGAUUCUUUGAUCUCUCAACUUGUACAACUGGUCCAGCGGUUCGUGAGGAAUCAUGGCCGGAGAUACGGCUUGAGACGAACAUCGUGGAUAUUGGCUUCGGACUCGAUGAGUUCGACCUUGUUGCUGUUGUAGGAAUCAACCCGGCUCGCAAUGGGGAACAGGGUUCUAUCGUGCUCUCGUUCCGGGAACUGUCUACGGGCGCACCGCAUCCUCUUGCAAAGCACCCAGAUAUUUUCGUUGAUCCGGUUCACGGACAUGAAGGCAAACUGUCGAUCAUGAUGGAGAUCGUCGGCCCGCGCCUUCUCUUGCUCUUGACCUGGUCCCGAACCGUGAAUAGACGAUUUGCACAGCCCCAGGAUAAACUGCUUCUCUUCAAUUGGUGGGAAGGCAGAAAAGUUGCAGCCGAGACUGCACCUCCGUUGACUUGGAAUGGUUUCGUCUUCCUAUCCCCGGAACUCAUUCUUCUCCCAAAUCAUAACCAUACGCUUGAGGUCGCUCGUCUGCCAGAUGUUUCACAAACCUAUUAUUCGCCGAUAGGACUCGAACGGUUGCUUAUCCUCGAACUUCCCGCCAUGCAACCUCUAGUCAAACUUGGUGCGAUUCAAUGUCGUUCGGAACCUAAUCCGAAGGGCGCAACGCAUCCGCGCGCUGCAGAAGUUAGAUCAGCAAAUACAGAGCAUACAAGGAGAAAACGACGCUCACCUGUAUUACCGGACCCGAACCAGGCAAUUGUACUCCUGCAAAUAUACUAUCGUGAAUUCAACAACGAGCCACACGAUGUUCUGAUGGGACAAUGGGGUGUGCUUCGGCACAACGUCUCGCUCGUUCUACGCCGUCAGUUCUUGCUCGACAUCGUCAAAAUUUUCGAACGCAGUCCCAAUCUGGCCGACGCUAUGAAAAAGUCCGACAGAGGAGUGAAACUUUGCGCACCGAGUAUACCUUGGAGUCUGUGGAGCUCGAAUGCACGUUGGCAAGCGGACGAUACGCAUGUAUCAAAUUGGAUCACGACGUCUGCGGGACAAAAAUAUGUCGGUAUUGACGACAACGGUCACCUGGUUGUCAAGGACUUCAACCCAUAUGCUAUUCGUCACGCUUAUGCAGCGCAGAGGCCUGGGUAUUAUGCGGCCGCUGAGAAAUUGAAGGCUGGCACUGGCGAUGAAGCAGGAAUUGGGGGAAUGCUCGGGUACAGAAUGGAUGAUGAAGUUGGCCUUGAACUUAGGACUAACUCCUUCACUCAGGAUGGUACUUAUGUGCCAGGGCCGUAUCAACCCCUUUCGGAGGAAUCGGGUGUGAGCCUUGUCCCAGAGAGCGAACCCUCAACCCCACCUCCAUUGUCCGACGUCAACUUGGGAUCACCCAUAGGUGAUGACUCGCUCUACUACACUCCUAAUUCCUCCUUCACAUCGUCCUCGUCUCCCAUGCCCUCCGCCUCUUCCGACCCGUCCAAUCCAACCCCUAACUCGGACUCACCUCCAGGUUCAAACUCAGAAGAGGAUACAACAUGGCAGCGCGCCCGUAUCGUAACUAAGUACAACGAAACCGAAGAGACCGAGCUUCGCCAACUAUUCAACGAGGAGUGUAGUUCCCCUCUGCCGUGUGUAGAAUACGUGUCGAAGAAUACGUAUGAUCAUCACGGCUUGUUGAUGGAUGAGGAGAGGAUUAUUGGAUUGAGGCAUGACGAACAGCAUGGGUCUGUCCUCGAGCUCGACGUCUUCACAAUCUAA